UACAAUGCAAUAGAAGUGUAGACACGUGCAUUUGGGGCAAAAAAGUUAUCAGCUCAGUACACAAUGGCGAGGAAGAAACGCACGGAGCAUGACAGCUAAAUUCUAACCAGAAUCUACAACACUUAUGGAACCCGAACCUGUUAUUUAUAUUGCUGGGUGAGAAAGUAAGGGCUAAGAUACAAUGAGAAUAAAUGGAAGUCAUCUGAACAGUUCUUCGCUGGCCUCAAAUGAGCUAAAUCUGAGUCGUCCUCCGUGGGUUGCUACAACUUUGGGGAGCUUUCUGAUAUUUACAAUUGUGGUUGACAUUUUGGGAAACCUUUUGGUAAUUUUUUCCGUUUAUAGAAACAGGAAACUGAGGAAUGCAGGGAACGUGUUUGUCGUGAGUCUCGCUGUGGCGGACCUGGUGGUGGCUAUAUAUCCAUAUCCCCUGGUCCUUACAUCAAUCUUUCACAACGGAUGGAGCUUGGGGAACGCACACUGCCAGGUCAGCGGCUUUCUGAUGGGCCUCAGUGUCAUCGGGUCCAUAUUCAACAUCACCGGCAUCGCCAUCAACAGAUACUGCUACAUCUGCCACAGCCUGAAGUACGACAAGCUGUACAGCGACAAAAACGCAGUCUGCUACGUGCUCCUGAUCUGGCUGCUGACUGUCGUUGCCAUCGUGCCCAACCUGUUCGUGGGGUCGCUGCAGUAUGACCCCCGGGUGUACUCCUGCACGUUCGUGCAGUCCGCCAGCUCGGCCUACACCAUCGCCGUGGUCUUCUUCCACUUCAUUCUGCCCAUCAUGAUUGUGACCUACUGCUACCUGCGGAUCUGGAUCCUGGUGAUCCAGGUGCGGAGGCGCGUCAAGCCCGACCUGCGGCCGAAGCUCACCCCGCACGACGUGAGGAACUUUGUCACCAUGUUCGUGGUGUUCGUCCUCUUCGCCGUGUGCUGGGGGCCGCUCAAUUUCAUCGGCCUGGCCGUGGCCAUCAAUCCGCCGAUGGUGGCGCCCCUCAUACCCGAGUGGCUUUUUGUGUCCAGCUACUUCAUGGCCUAUUUCAACAGCUGCCUGAAUGCCAUCGUCUAUGGGCUUCUCAACCAGAACUUCAGGAGAGAAUACAAGAGAAUAAUCAUCUCCCUUUGUACCGCGAGGCUUUUCUCCUCCGACAGCUCCAACGAUGCGGCCGAAAGGAUCAGGAGCAAACCGUCCCCUUUAAUGACAAAUAACAACCAGGUCAAAGUUGACUCUGUGUGAAUGGACAGACACGGGCAGUGCGGACUUUGUGAAAAAAACAACAACAACAUACCAAAUACUCGGCUAAGCAGCUUCCAGUUUCAGGACCAUCUGGGAAUACCAAUACACAACUUACAGGGUGGAUGUACUUUACUACAAAUUCAUUUUAUUUCAAGUGCAUUACAGUUACGGACCCAUUUUUCUUAGUGUGUACAGUACAGCGAUGGUGUCAAGAUGUUUAUCUAAAGCAAAUGAAAACAUACUGUACGCACUGUUUAUGUACACACUGAUUGUCAGUUCAGGUCAGGUUUUUCCACCUAAAAUGAAGGAGGAAGUGGCACACUCCUACCUUAAAUCACAAAACAGAAACAGAUCUUAUUUUAUAUUUUUAAUUAUUCCCGGAAAAUACUUUGUUUGUUACCUCUGGUUUACUUUGCUUGUUGCCUGUUGCUAUCCUUAGUAUUGAUUUUUUUCUUUUUUAUAAAUAAAAAAAGUCCUGGUACUCUAUUAUGGAAUGAGUGAAAUGUUAAUCUCUGAAAUGCUGGAGCAUAUGCAUUUAUAAAUGUGCAUGGGCCUGCUAUUGAUAGAAUGAAAUGCAUAUUGAUUGUGAAAAAUUGUAAUGAUAUUGUCAUUUAAAUGCCCCCCUGUUGCAGAGCGUGAAGAUGUAAAUGACAUCAUGCUAUCUGACAUGUGGAUGAAAAUGGAUUGGUUUGUUUAUCAAGCUGUGAAAUGUGAAGAAUAAUGAAAUAAAUGCUUAUGAAAAGGAGAGUGUAAU